UUGCCAUUGGUCCAGACAGCAGAUUUGGGGCAGGCGUGGACUGAGCUAAGGUGAAAAUACUUGAGCAAUCUCACGAGAAAAUGUGAGAUUUUACUGAUUAUUGUUUACAUUGCAAAAAAAAAAUACCAAAAAAAACAUGAGAACCGAACCGAAUCGAUCCGGAUUCAGCUGAAACGCUCGCAAGCGGCUCAACUUCUGAAGUGGAUCGGUCGGUUCCCCCGCAGCGAGGACGGCGACAGGGGCCGAACUUUUGUUUUGAUCGAGCUGAAAUCUAGCCAGGACCCGAAAUUCAUCUCACCACCCGGGGUAGAUAGAGAUAAGGAGGAGGGGGUAACUAUCUUAAAGACAUUAUUUAUACCUGGUUGGAGGGGGAAAAACGCAGAAUCUCGAGGGUCGCCAUUGUGAGGAGCGAAGAUCCCCCGACCUCGGCACGGUGUGUCCGGAUAACGAUGGGGAUCCCCGCCUAAGAAGCAUAGAAAGGCGGGUUUGGGAUACCCGAGGCCUCUUAGGGAAUCCUCCGUCGUCUGCCGUGAGCCACGCAGCGCCGCUCCCCGCGUCUCGACCGGUCAAACAGUACGCGAGGGACGCGGCUGUGAAUGCGGCCUAGCCUGGGAGGGUCUGCCGAGCACCGAGGAAACAACGGAGACGGCGGCUUCGGGGUUGGCAACGGGCCCUCCAGAGGACCGGGAAAACGUUAAAUAACACCAUGAUGGAAGAACUGCACAGCCUGGACCCCCGGCGGCAGGAGCUGUUGGAGGCUCGCUUCACAGGGGUCGGCGUGGCUAAGGGCUCGGGUCAGAGUCAAAAUGAGUCAUCCAAUCAGAGUCUAUGCAGUGUGGGCUCGCUGAGUGACAAAGAGCUAGAGACUCCCGAGAAAAAGGCGAAUGACCAGCGAGCGAGAAAACGCAAAGCAGACCAUUUCGACAGCAGCCAAGGCAAAGCAGGAGCAAGGGGACAUAAAAUUAGUGAUUAUUUCGAGUUCGCGGGAGGGAGCGGUCCUGGUACCAGCCCUGCCAGGGGGAUCCCACCAGUGGUCCGCUCUUCCCCACAACAUUCUCUGUCCAACCCCCCUGUCACGGUACAGCAGGGAAGCCCUUCCUCCGUCAACUCGGCCAACACCGAGCACUCCACGUGUUCGCUGAAGCCUGCUGCUCUUCACAUGCUCCACAAAGCCACACAGUCUGACCUUACUAUAGAGAAACUAACAGCAAUGGAGAACAACAAGAACUCCGACCUGGAGAAGAAGGAGGGCCGAAUAGACGAUUUGCUGCGGGCAAACUGCGAUCUGAGGAGGCAAAUUGAUGAACAGCAGAGGAUGCUGGAGCGAUACAAGGAGCGACUAAAUAAGUGUGUGACCAUGUCCAAGAAGCUGCUCAUCGAAAAAUCCAAACAGGAGAAGAUGGCAUGCCGGGAUAAAAGCAUGCAGGAUAGGCUUCGACUGGGUCACUUCACCACAGUGAGACAUGGAGCGUCUUUUACCGAGCAGUGGACGGAUGGAUACGCCUUUCAGAACCUUAUCAAACAACAAGAAAGGAUCAACUCCCAGCGAGAGGACAUCGAGCGGCAGAGGAAGCUGCUGGCCAAACGCAAGCCGCCCUCCAUGGCCCAGACUCCGCCGCCAAGCCUGGAGCAAAACAAACGCAAGAGCAAGGCCAACGGAACGGAAAGCGAAGCGUACGAUGCUUUCGGUUGUUCUCUUUUAUGUCGGCUGGUUUCCCCCUUGCGUAUGUGUCUGAACUUUGUUGUGUUCUCUCACAGGUUAUCGCAGGCGGAGUAUCACGAGCAGGAGGAAAUCUUUAAGCUACGACUAGGCCAUCUUAAGAAGGAGGAGGCUGAGAUCCAGGCGGAGCUGGAGAGGCUGGAGCGAGUGAGGAACCUCCACAUACGCGAGCUGAAAAGGAUCCACAACGAGGACAAUUCCCAAUUCAAAGAUCACCCUACGCUAAAUGAUCGAUACCUGCUGCUCCAUUUACUUGGACGAGGAGGUUUCAGUGAAGUUUACAAGGCCUUUGACUUGACGGAGCAAAGGUAUGUUGCAGUCAAAAUCCACCAGUUAAACAAGAACUGGAGGGACGAGAAGAAGGAAAAUUAUCACAGACAUGCGUGCAGAGAAUAUAGAAUCCAUAAAGAGCUGGACCACCCACGAAUAGUUAAACUCUACGACUACUUUUCACUUGACACUGACUCGUUCUGCACAGUCCUGGAGUACUGUGAGGGCAACGACUUGGACUUCUACCUGAAGCAGCACAAGCUCAUGUCAGAGAAAGAGGGCCGCUCCAUCAUCAUGCAGAUUGUCAACGCCCUCAAGUACCUCAACGAGAUCAGACCGCCCAUUAUCCACUACGACCUUAAACCCGGUAACAUCCUCCUGGUGAACGGCACUGCCUGCGGGGAGAUCAAGAUCACAGACUUCGGCCUGUCCAAGAUCAUGGACGACGACAGCUACAACUCAGUGGACGGCAUGGAGCUGACUUCACAGGGAGCUGGGACAUACUGGUACCUGCCCCCCGAAUGCUUUGUGGUCGGGAAGGAGCCGCCCAAAAUCUCCAACAAGGUUGACGUCUGGUCUGUGGGAGUCAUUUUCUACCAGUGUUUGUACGGCCGCAAGCCCUUCGGCCACAACCAGUCCCAGCAGGACAUCCUGCAGGAGAACACCAUCCUGAAGGCAACAGAUGUUCAGUUUCCCCCCAAACCUGUAGUCACACCCGAAGCUAAGGCCUUUAUAAGGCGCUGUCUAGUCUACCGUAAGGAGGACCGCAUCGAUGUGCACCAGCUGGCCAGUGACCCCUUCCUCAUGCCUCACAUCCGCAAGUCGGUGGCGUCCUCGGGCUCGUCGGGCAUGGCCGUGGCUUCCACAUCCAGCUCCUCCAACAGCAGCGCCUCAAACUGAGCCCACGCCCCUUAAACUGACUGGCUGGAUCAUUUUUGAACGAGUGGGGUGAGGCGGGGGCGACACCACACCAGUGUCCCCCCUCCUGACGAGCAUCCCACCUUCGCCGCGAAGAGCCCACCGGGGGGGGGAGCGGUCAGAUGGCGGCGAGGGGUGGGUGAGAAGUCAUGGACGGGUCAGGAAGGGAGGCCGGCGUCGCCCUUCGUCCCCGUCAUGUCCAUCCACCCCGGCCCACCUGUCCUGCUUUCUCAUGAAGGGGGCGGUAUUGUUCUGGGGGUCAAAGCCCCGGAUGACUCACGCAGCAAGGGGCGAGUUUUUGGCACUGUGUUGGUGGAAAGCGGGGCUCAGUGUUUGGGGUUUUUCUUUUUUUUUCUGCUUAAAAAAAAGAGAAAAUAAAAUGAAGUAUAGAACUGCUUCAGCUUGGCCGGAGGGAAAAGGACUGCGAGGCCUCAUACGCACUCACACACACACCAUGCAUGAGCCAGUCUGGUCCGAGGUAGUCUGAAACCCCCAAAGCUCAAACAUUUCGUUUGUUCUCAUCUCCCUGAAGCUAACCGAGACAACCAGUCUGGGCUGUUGUUGUAUUGAACCCUAAAUAUCUUUCAUCCAACCUGCUGUUCUGGGAACCUUUGCCUCACUUCAAUUCCACACCCAGAUAGCUUGUGACGAGGACUGACAGAAGUUUCUGUCUCGUCUCUUUUCCCUUCCUUCCCUCCCUUCCUCCCAGAUCCUCGUCAAACUCCUGUGACCAAAGCUUAGAACUUCCAGCUGGUGGCAGUGUUCCGCCUCCGUUUUUAUAAUGAAUGGUUUUAGAGUUGUGCUACUUGAGAUGAAGUGGAAGCUGUCGAGGAAAUGACCCCUUUUACAUUUUUUUAAGAAAAAAACUUUUCAAUUUAACCAGUUUUAUGGAGAGAAACUGUUGUGUUUUCAAGUUGCCUUUAAUUAGAACUGUUCUUGUUUUGAUUGAACCCCUCAUCAUAAACACACAUAUUUAUUUAGGUAUGUUUGAAUUUAUUUUUGGCCAAUAAAAUGCAAGGGACUGGUUUACCUAAUAGUACUGUUGGGGGAGAUUGGGCCUGAGCAGAAAGUUGCAUAAACCAUUAAAUACUAUUGGUUAAAAUGUG